AUGACUUCGUCGUCUGUAAUAUUUCGUCCCUAUAGGGCACUUGGUCUUAUCUCCUCAGAUAUCCCAUUUGUUGUAAAAUACAAACCACAUUCUAAGGAAUAUAAUGUGCUGGUUCCAGUCGGAGAACGCUUUAACGUCUAUCAGCUACCAAAUCUUAGAUUCGUUGGAAUAAGUAAGUUUCCUUUUUCCUUGCCAUUUUUUGAAGGUGACUGUUUACCAGCCGAUAUAACCUCUUUUACAUCCGAUCGUUCAUACGUCUACGCGUCAUCCGGGAAUGUCAUCUACGCGUUUCGUGGUCUUCGUCAUAUUUUUUUUAAAUUGGAGGGUCACACAGCUCCCAUCCGAAGGAUUCUUGCCUUUUGGGACAGUUAUUUGGCCUCUUACGAUGAGUCUGGUCUCUUCAUCGUGUGGAACCUAAAAACGAGAGAAAGUGUUACACAAACUAGCUUUCCUGAGAAUGCCUUUGAGAUCUCUUCGAUGUGUCAUCCCACUGGUUACGGUGAUAAACUAUUGCUUGGUAGUUCGCAGGGUCCUCUUCAUUUGUGGAAGACUCUUGCAAAGAAACCGAUUUACUGGUUCAGAGGCUUUGAUUCGUCUGUUACCUGUCUAGUACAGGCACCUUCUUUCGAUGUUUGCGCUAUUGGACUGGGAAAUGGACAGAUUGUCCUGCACAACCUCCGUUAUGACAUGACUUUAAUCACCGUUGGCCAGGACGGGGGAGCUAUUACUACCAUCGAGUUCCGAUCAGGCAAGAUUUUUCCUAGAAACAGUGCCGGGUUGGGCGCUUCUGAAGCUCUGCGCUGCGCAGGAAUUGAGAAUUUAAUCGAACCGAACGCUUCCAUUUACCUUCUUGCCGGUUCUGAAUCUGGCCAACUUUCCAUGUGGGAGCUGGAGAGCGGUGGAACCUGUCGUGCGGUCAAUCAGGCGGAUGAAUUCCAUUUGGCACGCGUCAUCCACCUGUUUUGCAUACCUUCGGGAGAAGCUGCAGGUUCUCUGGUUUCCAGUGGUGCUGACAAUUGUGUCAAAGUGUCAUUCUUCGACCGCCCAGACAGCCUGCCAUGCACCAAACACAUCAGAAGUGGUCACUUUCUUCCGCCGAAUAAAAUAGUUUUUUGGACGGGUGGUUCAGCUGGUGGCAGCCUUCUAGUCUCCGGCGGACCCGAUUCUCAGUUGCGGAUUUUCUCUACCUAUAAUGAACGUUAUGAUCGGAGUCUGGGUCGCGCCUACUCCCCUUCUAUGCCUUCAGCAAAGAGAUUAACUUCUGUUGCCCAACGGCUACCCUACCUCCUACCUGGCCCAUCCGCAAUCGCUCUAUCCCCAGGUCGUGCUAACGACUGGGACUCCAUUGCCGUUGCCCACACCGACCGUCGCCAGGUGUCCACCUGGAACUUUGUCAAGGCUACCCGUGGGCGCCAUUGGCUGGAUCCUAAGCGUUUCCACGGCAAAGGGGGCGAGGCUUUGCGCGUGCAUAGGUAUACUACAGCUACUUGCCUCUGCAUGACACGAUGUGGACACUUCGUGGUAAUUGGCUAUUCCAGUGGUGAUGUGGUCAAAUUCAACAUACAGUCUGGAUUAGAGUACGGUGAAUUCGGGAAUGAUGGAAAAGCUCACGAAUCUGGUGUUAUCGGAGUCCAUGUGACCAACGUCAAUCGGGUGCUUAUCACAGUGGGGUCUGCUGAGGUGAAAUUCUGGUAUUUCUCCACUGGCAAGCUUAUCGACAGCCUACCUCUCACCUCGCCGCCAAGAUUUGCAAAAUUUCACGAUGAAAGUGAUGCUCUGGCGCUCGCUCUCUCAACCGGUGAGGUGGUGCUAAUCAAUGCAGUGAAUCGGCAAAUUUUUCGUCGUUUCCCCAACUCGGUGACACAUCCCUGCAAUGAUUUGGCAUUGUCAUCUGAUGGAACUAUGAUGGUGACUACACAUCGUGGCGACCCACUCAUCAAAACUUGGGAUGUUGUCGACUGCAAAUUGGUCGACUGUUUCCGCGUACGGCGGCCCGCUACCAGCGUGGCCUUCUCCCCAGCCGACGAUCUCCUUGCGACCACCCACACCGCCUGUCUCGGCAUCUAUCUAUGGGACAAUCGGGCAACCUACCAACGUCUGCACCUCAAACCCCUACCCGAGGAUUACACGCCUCCAGAUACCGCUGAUUUCACUGAACUGCCAACCGAGGGACUCUCAGCGAAGCGGGAUUUCGUUGAAGGGGAGGAGGGUGACGUGGAGAAGAUGGAUGUCGAUGAGGAGAAGAACGAGAAGGAUACCUGUCCCCCAAUGUAUCUUUCCCUGGACCAGCUACAGGAUAAGAUGGCGACCCUCUCUGGCCUGCCACCGUCUUUCUUCGCGGCAUUUCUUCAAUUAGAUGCCAUUAAGAAACGCAACGCGGAGGCGAUGAAAGUCACAGACGAAAUGGGACCUCCUCAACUCCCCUUCUUCCUGCCAGCCAUCGAAACUACCACUGGAAUGGUAUGGCUGGAUGACGAAGAGGAGGAGAAGUUAGUUUCAGAAGAGCCUAAAAAAGUUGUGGAGGCUGAUGCUGGUUCCAGAAAACAUAAAAAACGACGGCGCGAGAUGGCGGUUGAGGAGCUGGUGCUGAAUCUCGGAAGCGGUGUUCUGAAUUCCCUUUUAGGAGAUGGCAGUUUGAAGGAUCCGUUGAAUAAUGAGACGUUAAUGGAGGAUUGUGACGCUUCGUCCGCUCUGGAUGAUGAUGCUUCAAGAAAGUCUUCAAGGACUCAGUUGGCUGCCAUCAAACUACUGUGGACGGCCGAAGUCGCGGAGCACUUUUUGCGCCACAAGCGUCAAAUCCGUUUGGAUCUCACCCUUGGACGGGGUCGUGUUCAUCACGACGACGUAACGGAAUUCGGGCAUGUUCCACAACUCUGCUACCAGUUUGGCUCCCUGGACACCAGCCCUGACGACAUUGUGGGACCGUCUGAUUUGAUAUAUAGGGCAAAGAAGGCGGAUAAAAGCGACGAGGUAAUGUCGCGUCUGCGACGUCUCACACCAUCAGCGUUGGAUGCCGAGGUGCGUCUUCUGGCUCCUUCCAGGGAGGAGUUGAUGGAGGCCUUCGCCGCAAUAGAUCGUGGUGAUGGUGAGCAUUUUCCGCUUUCCGCCAAUCCCUACGCUCGUCUCUCCGCCUUUCUCCGCCUCCUUCUCAACAGGUACCCUCCUUUGUGUGUUCUCUGCGGGCGAAUACACUACUCUCAAGUCUUUGACAUACCGAAGCGAUUAAUCAACCAACUAGCAAGCGCUCAUGCCUCUUCUUCCAGUUUUCGACGAAGCGGUUUCAUUAGCGAGCGGAUAGAUAUGGUCUUUUGCGAACUCAAAGCCGACAUUGAUUCUGAUCUCCAAGCCGAUAAAGGGGGAGAUGGUGGUAUCGGUCGGUUUCGGCGAAAUCUCGACUUUGAUCUCGCAACAGCUUGUCUGGAGAGUCUCCUUCGUUAUCACGGCGACCUGAUUGCUCGGCCCCCCAAAGCUCCUGCCACCAUCACUACCAAGCAUUUCAACCUUGAUCUUGAUGACGAUGGAGACGGUGGCUCCUUUGGCCUUGGCGACAUGGUCGCAGCAGAGACCGGUUGCUACAAUGACCAUCUGGACGCUGAUCGACCACUGGAGUUGAUGGAAGCGGUGUUAGAGGCAAAACGGGUUUCACAUGCAGUGCUCGACGAGCAGAUUUCGCGAUCCAUUGCUCUGGUCGACUUUGUCCGCAACGCGACGAGCACUCUACAAAUGUAG